UAUACAUACACAAAGGAGUAUAUGUAAAGGAGGAGGCAUUUCGCUCCUCCACCGUCCUUCUCCUCUAACAUGCUCCAUCUCCUCCUCCACCGCCGCCGCCGCAACCAGCAUGCCCACCGCGAGAUCCGCCGUUAACCACCACAAUAAUCACCAUCACCACCGUCACAACCAUCAUAGCUCCUCCUCCCUCCUCCUCUGCAAGCACUCUCCCUCUGCGACCCUCGACCUCCUCAUCCUCGUCCUCGUCCUCUUCUCCGGCGCUUUCCUCCUCUCCUCAUACUUCUCCUACCUCUUCCACUCCUUCUCUCUCCUCUCCUCUCAUUUCCCUUCCCUCUCUCUCUCCUCCCUCGCCCCCUUGAUCUUCUCCGAUCACGACAACGACGACGAUCCCGCAGGAAUCUCACCGGCUUCGUACUUAUUCGCCUUUGCCGUGUUCUUCGCGGCAUCGAUUGCGUUCGUUGAUCUCUGCUGCGGGCCCAGAUCGAGGAAAUGCCAGAACCCUAAGUGCAAGGGGUUGAAGAAGGCGAUGGAGUUCGAUUUGCAGCUCCAGACGGAGGAAUGCGUCAAAUCGGGAGCGGCCAAGGAGAUUGAUCGGUUGCCUUGGAAAGGAGGCAACGAAAACAAUCCCGAUUACGAGUGUUUGAGAGCUGAGCUGCGGAAGAUGGCUCCUCCCAACGGCCGUGCCAUCUUGCUUUUCCGGUCCCGGUGCGGUUGUCCCGUCGCCAAGCUCGAGGGCUGGGGACCUAAGCGAGGCCGACGUCAUAAAAAAUCUUCUGGGAACUUGGCUCUGAAAGGAGGUGACAAUCGCUGAUGAUCCCGGGACAAACUACGAGAGCUACACUUCAGUCAGUUAUUUCGACGCCCUUCCCCCUUUUUGUUUUUCCCGGGAUACAUUCAUCAAGGUUGCAGAGUUCAUCCUGGAACUGGAAAACCUGUAAGCAUCGUUUCCUUCUUUCUUUUCACUUUCUCUCUCAGAUACGCUCCAUGUUCACUUACACCCUGAACACUUCCUCUCUGUGGAACUAUAUAUAUAUAUAUAUAUACCAAGAAAAAUCUGAAUGCAAAUAAUUAAUUAUAUUUUUCAUAGCUUAAUAUAUUAGCCAAAAAAAAGAAAAAAAAGAGGCUUCACUGUCAUAAUAAGAUAGAGCCUUGUCUAUGUAAAGAACCAGAGUCACCAGACAACAGAAGUAAGAAAAGGUCUUUGGUUCUACUUCGGCAGCUUCGGCCUAAUUUGCAGUUACCCAUCCCAUUGGGUCCUAUUUCUUCAA